UUGAUAGAAUAAUUACGAAUUCAAAUUAUUAUCUAUAUCUAUUGACAAUGACCCACACUCUGUAUAUACAAAUCGGUGAAAGAAAAUUAGACCACGGCAUAUCCAACGACACUUCUCAUUCGGCCGGCUCAUGGAACACAUGAUACAAAAUUAAGCAUUUAAAAACAAGCAUAGACUUCAGUGGACGACUGGACUCCAAUUUCGCUAUUUGUUAAACCCAUAAAAAAAUGCGGCAACGUAGACCCCCAUGAAUCUGCGACGACUCCACCGGAAACAAUGGCGACGAUAGCAGUUAUACUGUUGAUAUUACUCUGGAUUGAUCAUCGGAAAACGCUCGCUGAUUCCAUUAAACAGCCGGAAGCGAUUGGUUAUGGGUAUUCUCUCCGAUCUAUUGCCCUAGGUUCGUCUGGAAAAUCAUUGGUCGCUGAUCUUCAACUGAAAUAAGAAAUCUUCGUUGUUUGGACCUGACAUCGAUGAGCUUCAACUCUUCGCAAGUUGAUUGUUUGAGGGUUCGAAUCAUCGAUGCUAAGAACCAAAGAUGGGAAAUUCCAACCCAAAUCCUUCCACGCCAACCACAAUCAUUCGAUUUGCCCCUAAAAAUCCGUCAACAAAUUCCAACAAAACUGCUCCUUUCAGAUCCCACCUCCGACCUCAUCCUAACAUUGCACAACACCACCAUCGGUACAAUCACUCAAUUCGGAUUCACAAUUGCCCGUCGCUCCACCGGUGAUAUACUCUUCGACACCUCCGACACUGUCCUCGUCUUCAAAGAUCAGUACCUCGAACUAACAUCUUCACUUCCUGCUAACCGAUCCUCAAUCUAUGGUAUCGGAGAGCACACCAAGCGUUCGUUCAAAUUAGCGCACAAUCAAACCCUAACUCUUUGGAAUGCUGAUAUCCCAAGCACCAAUCCUGAUCUCAAUCUGUAUGGAUCACAUCCGUAUUAUAUGGAUGUCAGAUCACCAGAUUUUGAUGGUAAAGUGGUGGCCGGGACUACUCAUGGUGUAUUGUUGCUCAAUAGCAACGGGAUGGAUGUUUUGUAUAAAGGCGAUAUUAUUACGUAUAAGGUAAUUGGGGGUGUUCUUGAUUUCUACUUCUUUGGUGGGCCUUCGCCUAAAUUAGUCAUGGAUCAGUACACUCGUUUAAUCGGACGACCAACUCCCAUGCCCUAUUGGUCCUUCGGGUUCCAUCAGUGUAGAUGGGGUUACAAAGAUGUUGAGGAUCUUGAGAAUGUUGUUGCUGGAUAUGCAAAAGCCAACAUCCCACUGGAGGUUAUGUGGACAGAUAUAGACUAUAUGGAUGCUUAUAAAGAUUUCACUUUAGACCCUAUUAAUUUUCCUUUGGAUAAAAUGUCAGCAUUUGUUAAAACUCUUCACCAAAAUGGUCAAAAAUAUGUGCUCAUAUUAGAUCCAGGUAUCAGUGUGAACACAACAUAUGAAACAUACAUUAGAGGACUAAAAGCUGAUAUCUAUAUAAAACGUGAAGGAAUACCAUAUGUAGGCGAGGUUUGGCCUGGAAUUGUUAAUUUCCCGGAUUUUUUAAAUCCAAAAGGAAGAAUCUUUUGGGGCAAUGAAAUCAAAAGAUUUCACAAUCUUCUUCCAUUUGAUGGAAUUUGGCUUGACAUGAAUGAAGAAGCAAAUUCCAUUUCCUCCCCUCCAAUUCCCACUUCAAAACUCGAUAACCCUCCGUAUAAAAUCAACAACUCCGGAAUCCAAAUGCCGAUUAAUAACAAAACCGUUCCUGCAAGUUCGUUGCAUUUUGGGAACAUCGCUGCUUAUGAUGCACAUAAUUUGUAUGGAUUUAUGGAAGCCAGGUCAACAAAGGCAUCUUUGGUCAAAAUAACGGGAAAACGCCCGUUUAUACUUUCAAGAUCAACGUUUGUGGGGUCCGGGAGAUUUACAGCACAUUGGACUGGGGAUAAUGCUGCGACAUGGGAUGACUUGGCGUAUUCCAUUCCGAGUAUUUUGAAUUCUGGGUUGUUUGGGAUUCCGAUGGUGGGGGCCGAUAUUUGUGGUUUUUUUGGAAAUACUACCGAAGAACUCUGUCAGCGAUGGAUUCAAUUAGGUGCUUUUUACCCAUUUGCAAGAGACCAUUCUGACAUACAAAGCACAAGACAAGAGCUUUACCUUUGGGAUUCAGUAGCAGCAACAUCUCGAAAAGUCCUCAGCCUUCGUUACCAAAUGCUCCCUUAUUUCUACACCUUAAUGUACGAAGCCCAUUUUAAUGGCACUCCCAUCGCCCGACCUCUCUUCUUCUCAUUCCCGGAAGACACCAACACUUACAACAUCAGCACGCAGUUUCUCCUCGGAAAUGGUGUAUUAAUCUCCCCUGUUUUGACCCCAAAUACAGUUUCCAUCGACGCAUACUUCCCAUCUGGAAACUGGUUCAGUUUAUUCAACUAUUCUGAUACAUGGAGAGAGAAUAGCACCGGUGAGGUGUUUUUGGACGAUGGGGAGGAAUCAGGGUUUGGGGGAGAGGGUGGAAACUGGACGUUGGUGAGAUUUUCAUCGCGAUUUGAGGGGAAAGUUGUGAUUUUAAAAUCGGAGGUCGAUAAUGGCGGAUUUGCGUUGAGUCGGAAGUGGAUUAUCGAGAAGCUGACAUUUAUUGGGUUGGAAAAUGAAUCGGGAUCGACAGGUUGUGAUGACAUGGGACAAACAGGAACAUUGAAGAUCUGUGGUGCUGGGAAAUUCCGUACGGUGGAGAUAACGGGUUUGUCUGUGUUGAUUGGAGAAGGGUUCGAGUUCACGUUGGACCUCGGCGGCGGUGGUGCCGUGGUGAUGAAGAAAAAAUAA